AAAUAUUGUUCAUGACGAAGUUCUAAAGCUUAAAAUAAUGCAAGAACUUGUUAAGCAGUAGCUCAUUAAGCUUUCCGUGUCAUAGAUUGCCGAAAUGGUCGAAAUUAAGCUACAUUGCCGGACGCUAGAGCAGAUGCAAGUUACUGGUUACCCCAUAAGAUUAUUUUAGGAAGGAAAAAACCGGCAAGUAAACUAAACGGCUUUUACUAGUUUAUUUUGAGGUGUACAAGAUGUGACACGCAUCACGAAAUCACGUGUGCAAUCGGAGCUGUGCGUGAAGAAUCUCCCUAUGACCACUCCCUCAACUCGUCAUGCCCAUACAGCGUUUAGAUCCUUCUUCAAUAUUUCAGCUCCCUAACUUCCUUUUCUCCCAAUCCUCUCCUAGCUAUCAUGUCUCUCCUUGCCAUCCCGUCUCUCGUCGUCUAUCUAAAAGACUGAGCGAUCCCUAUCUUCAUUAUUACUUGUCGAAUCGCGCUCUGCCUCCUACACCUGCCGACCAGCUGCCUUACGUUCACUCGAACACCAGAUUGUCACCCGUUCCUCACACAACCUCGGUAAGCUCAGCCGCUAAACCUGCUGCGCCACAUCAGCGUAGCUCCGCUGCGAAGGGUAACUGCACUGUGCGAGUUACCAGCAAAAAAAGACGUCCAGCGCCCGCCCGCAGGACUCUCUCGGUCGCAGCCAGAACUUGUCCUGAGAAGUGGGAAGGUUUCGAGGUCCGGGCUGUAGGGGGUGGUGGCCCUAAUUACAAACGUUACUCGAAUGAAGUCAAGUUUGUUAAUGGAAACUUUAACCAUAACGUGUGUGUUUCUGAACCCAAAGUUCAUUCGAGUUCAGUUUAUUGCUCUACCGCAACACCAAUAGGUACUGUGAGCGGCGCUGAUAAAGUGUUGGGAGAAAUUCGGGUCUGUCCAGGAUAUCAAUCUCAAAAAACGACCCUUGUCCAUAAACCGAGUGAAAACUAUUGUGUUGGUGAUCGUGAAAUUGACUGGGGUAAACGUUCUUGGCAAGCCAACCAGGAACACUUGAAAAAAGAUCGCCGGAAUAGCUCAGAAGAGGACACUAGUGGAAUUGAAUCCAAUCAAACUGACCUGUGUUAUUCAGAUAGAUGCUUGAACGCUCCUUAUCACGUCGGGGUGACAAGAGUGAACACAUCUGUGUACGGUAGCGACUUGAGCGUCGGCGUUGACUCUGUUAUUGAUUCUGUUUCUUUCAAAAAUUCUUCCCUAAGAAGUACGAAUAGUGCAAACAAAAAGGCAUUUAUUCUCAACGGGAACGAAUUUGGGAGACGCAAGUCAUCUCCUUGUGUCGGUAUUUCAGGAAGUGCUCCAAAAGAUAAUUUGAAAGCCAUGAUUGGUAGCGGCACUGUGUUUCGCAACACCAUCGAGUUAGAUCCACGUAUUCUGCAUCGCAAACAUUCAAGUCCAGCGAACAUUGGGCUUGCAUCUAACACUCGAGCUGCACCCACCAAUGGCCCGAACAAACCGACGUUCGUUACGGUCAGUAUACGACAGAAUAGCUGCGCCACGUCUGGCUCAGAAGCCUUUUUUAAUCUUUCCCUGCGACCGUCCGAUGCGGGGGGUGACAAGAUCACCCUGGUUCCUGCUACUUGUAAAGUUAAUCGUUCUGCUUCCUGUGCUGCAACGCUUGCCAGGAAAAAUUCACAUGGCUACCCUGUAGUGAACGGAAAUGUUAAAAACUCUGCUGCUCUUCCAUCGGGAAACUGGGUUUCAAACCAGCCUACCGCUUUCCUGACUAUUCGUCCAUCUAAACCUGGAGAUCUCGUUCAUGACGGCACAUUUCACGAUGCGACGAGGCCUUCUCGUGCUUCUAAGCAACCGACUAUCAGCCUCACAACGAACCUCUCUACCAACGUUCUCCGGCACCCAAGUGUUACCGCCAAACGUUCGUUAAUUGACGAUUGGAUAUCUGAUUGCCAUGCCCAAAAUAUUAACUACAAUCGCGAAAAUCUCCUGGCUUCUGGAAUAUCAAGCCCUUUAAAUCCUGGAGUCUGUGUGCAACUACCAUACCAAAAUGCUUCCGAUGCACCUAACUUAUUAGGUGCGACUCUAGUCCGCAGGAAAAGAAGUUCUCGGUCAGCGGUGCAGCGCCAUGGCUCCAUGAACUAUACCGUUGCCGCCUCUGCAUGCAAGUCAAAUGAGCAAUUGCCGGUGCGCGAAGACAGCGCUACUAAUCAAGGUGCCGAAUUUCAUGAUGUCAUCAUGCCUGAAGACCCAAGGAGCUAUGUAUUCCAUUCCAAUGAAGAUGCUCAAUCUCGAGAGGAAGUAAAACGAGUCCAUAGGAAAGGAAAGGUUGUAAGAUCUAAAAGCACCGUUUAUCCCCCCUCGUAUUCCUUGAACGACACUCCUGUUUUUGUAACAAGUAACAGCUUUGAAGAGGCUAUUAACCCGCUCAUUGUAAAUGAUUCCGUACACGACAAUAAAAACUCAAUCCGCAGAAGCCUUAACUACGAAGGUCACGUCAGCGCAGCUUUCGAUGGUAGCGAAACUGAUAACUCUCCUCCUCGUUAUACCCACACACCCACUAAGUCUGCGUUCGACCAGAGCCCAGUCCACUCCACUCUUCCAGCUCACCGGCUCCCCGCACAUUGGCGCUCAUUGGGGUCAUUACAUAUCAACGAUAAUGACUCGGGCUCUCACCCCAAUUUGCUGAAGCCUAACCGACUGCGUAGCCAGUUUUCCUGGCAUCCGGAGCGCAAUCGCGCUUUCCCUUCCCGACCUCACCGCUCGCAGUCAAUGCGAUACCCAAGCGAUAGCAUUGUUCAGUCUGAUGACGAGCUUCAAUAUAGCAACAACCAAUUUAUUCUUCUAUCGCCUCUGGCGUCCUCGGUAUCGACCUUUACGCAGGCCAGUGAUACUCGUAAACGGGAGCCGCCAGAACUGCCCCCGCGUCCCAAGCAUCUCGUGUGUCCUCCUGUCGAAACUUCAUGCGACGCCCCCCAGAACUGGAGCGCUUUGUGCCCGAGCUUGUGUCAGUGGGGAGUUGGGAGGCCUUACGUUGGGGCCGAAGACGAUCUUGAUAACGUGCCUGAUAUAGACAACAAGAGUGAAGGUCCUACGGGCCUCGGAGGAGCUGUAGCCAGGAUCUACAGGGUGGCCAUCAAGUCCGCAGUCAACUGUAUGUUCCGGAAAUACUUGAACAGCGACACUAGAUCAGGUGUAGGAGCUCCCGUCGGUAACGGGUUGACGCCAGACAUGCCGCAGAAGCGUGUGGUGCGGGCAAUGUACGAUUACAAAGCUGCCCAGAAAGGCGACCUCUCGCUAGUACAAGACGAGGAAUACGAAGUCUUGGAAGAGACCGAAGAACACUGGUGGAAGCUCAGGGACAAACACGGGAACGAAGGCUACUCACCGAGUAACUAUGUCAAGGAAGCCACCGAUAUUGGCCUUCAUCAAUACGAUUGGUACUUGGGCGACGCAACAAGACAGCGUGCAGAGACCAUCUUAAUGAGGGAGGAGAGAGAAGGAUGCUUUGUGGUGCGCAACUCAUCAUCCACGACCGGCAUGUACACCAUCUCCGUCUACUGCAGCAUGUCGCGACCUCAAGUGAAGCACUACCACAUCCAGAAAGAUAGCGACAACAAGUAUUACUUAUCACACAACAUCAAGUGUAACUCCAUAUCUGAACUUAUUUACAAGCAUCAAUACAAUCCCGGGGGCUUGUGCACCAGACUUCGGAGCGCUCCUCUGGGCAAUAAGCCGCCUGCCACCGCCGGCUUCAGCAGAGACAAGUGGGACAUUCCCCUGAACGAGAUCACGCUGCUGGAGGAGAUCGGCAGCGGGCAGUUCGGUGUGGUGCGACGUGGCAAGUACCGCAACCUCGACGUGGCCGUGAAGAUGAUGAAGGAAGGCACCAUGAGCGAGGACGAGUUUAUUGAAGAGGCUAAAGUUAUGACCAAGUUGCAGCACCCUAACCUAGUUCAGCUGUAUGGAGUGUGCAAACGUCAGCGCCCAGUUUACAUCAUCACCGAGUUCCUGGAGUAUGGCUCUCUGCUCCACUAUCUCCGGCAGAAGGAAAAAACGCUCAGUUCUAAGACAGACACGCUAAUCGACAUGUGUCUCCAGAUUUGCGAAGGAAUGGCUUACUUGGAAAAAGAGAAAUUUAUUCACCGCGAUCUGGCGGCUCGAAAUUGUUUGGUGGGCUCGAAAAAUAUCAAAGUGGGAGACUUCGGCCUGGCAAGAUACGUCGUCGAUGACGAAUACACAGGCUCGGGAGGAGCCAAGUUCCCCAUCAAGUGGGCAGCGCCUGAAGUGCUCAACUACAUGAGAUUCUCUUCCAAAAGCGACGUGUGGGCCUUCGGAGUUCUCAUGUGGGAAGUAUUCACGUGCGGCAAGAUGCCGUACGGACGCCGCAAGAACGCGGACGUCGUGGCGAUGGUUCAGGAGGGACUCGUGCUCGACCAGCCUCGCUACUGCCCCCACAACGUCUAUCAGGUGAUGCGCGAAUGCUGGGAACAAAGUGCCGACCAGAGACCAAGCUUCCACGACCUCAAAACCGAAAUUGGCCGCCUCAAUACGGAGGAUUGACCAGCUUCUUGCCACUUAAGCGAUGCAAUAUGGCAGCUCUAGACAGCUACUCUACGUUGGAAUACGUCAUUAGUUUGCCAACUACAUAGUGAUGGGAAAAUUGUCUCAGCGGGAUUUGUCAUGUUAAAGAAUUUCUCAUAUUUUUCCUUAGUGAGAAUUGUUGCUGCUAGUUUCUCACGUAUUUUUUAGUUGUGAAUUCAGAAGACGGUGUCCCGUUGAAGCUGACCUUUUCUUUGUAUUAUUGUGGUCAUGCUUUCUUUAUAUUGCAUCUUCAUUUAUUGAUGAUAACUUUAAUAUCAACUUCGCCUUUUGGCAGUGGUACCGUACGAUAAUAAAUAUAAUACGUGCAGGAAAAAGGAAAAAUUAUAUGGAGUCUUUAAUCAGUUCUGAUGUUUCAAGAAGGAAAUUAAUGAUGCACUUAUAUUGCAGAGUCUUUUCUGAGAUAAACUAAUACUAAAGUGAUGCAUAACUUUCAUCGAGAAAAAUGUUUGAAUCUUAUUCAUUGGAAAACACCACGCGUUGGCGCACUUAUAAGAAUAUUGCUCGCAAGAUUAACCUCCGUUUCAUAUCCUGAAUUUAUUUUUGCUUCAAAAUGUUUUCUUUUAAGAAAUGCAUUGUCACAGUUAUGAACAUUUUCGAGUUUAUGAACAAUAAUGAGCGGUAUUCAUGUAACGAGGGUCGAAGUAUUCCUUGUCGAACAAGUAAGUGUUCGUGCUUUUCAUCCGGAUAGUAUGUUAAUCAUUCCUGAUAUUUUGUGUCAUCCAACGGUCUCUACACUGCCUGUGCGCAUUUCUGUGAUAUUUUAAAUCUUGCAAUUCCUGAAAUUGGUUGAAAAAAUAAAAUCAGAGCUCAAAAUUAGUUAUUUGUUUUUGAGCUCAUUUAAGUGUAGACUAUAUGCAUCCGCAGUUAUUCAUUUCCUCAGAUUCAUUCCAGCGAAGGAUUUUUUUUAAUUUAGUAGCAGGAACAGUCAUUUAGAGCACCUAUAUUUUUCAGUGAAUCAAAAUCAAUGUUUUUUUAUUAAAAAUAACAUUCAUUUCUGGUCUAAAUCGUGAUACAAUAAUGAAGCUGUUAGGCAACAAAGAAUUAAUGCAACCUACCAUAAAAUACCUCUGAUUUAACUUUCAUAUUAAGCACCGCCUCAUUAUAAUUUUACGCUGGAUUUAUCAAGCAAAGUAUUACGUUCUUGUUGCUCUCUGUUAAAUCUAAUCUCCAUUGUGUUACAAACUGCUUUGGCUAAGCGUUGACUGAGCUCUGUGUUGACGUGCGCAUAUUUUUAUGAAAUGUUCAUUACAAUGUAUGUCGAAAUAUAACGGAGAAAACGAAUGCUUCCUCAAGCAUUCAAUCAUAAAUUAUAUUUUUACAUAGAAAAAAUGCGGUCCAUUCCAUUGAUCAAAAGUAAGCAGAAAUAUCAUUUGCCAACAAAUUGGAGGCUGAGAGCCGAUCAAAUGAUACAGCUCGAAUCUUGGUAAUUUAAGAAUAUUAUAGAACGAAGAAAACGUCUGGAGGUUCAUCAGAAAUGAAUUGUGGAACAGAGCACUUCGUUGGAAGUUUGAUCUUAAUAUUAUUUGCUGAAAACGCUUUAUUACGUUCCAUAGAUUUACGAGUCUGGCUCAUUCCUGCGCCACUUCCCAGUGUGAGUCGUUAGUUAUCAAUGAUCGUGAUGCCUCGUGGAGCACAAACUGCUUAUACAAAUGCGUAACAAGUCUCAAAUUAUGAAGCACGUAGUAUUUAAACCGAAAUGCUCACCUCAUGCAUGGUUGUCUUGUUGAAUCAAACCCUGUACGAGUUAAUUAACUCGACCAACUCUGUGAUAUUGGGCGUAAUUUAUGAGCUCAUUUAAACAUGACUUCCAAGUUUGUUUUGUUCCUGGAUAAAGUAUCGUAUGUAGAUCAAUGGGUUCGGCUCAGCGCUUCUCAUUGCGCUCAUAGUAAUAUAAGUGAAAGAUGCCUCAAAUUUGACUAAAUUAUGUAGGUUGGACCAAGCUGAAGUGUAGGUGAUUGUGAGCAUGGACGGCCCAAGAGAACGCGGCCGUUGUAUUUUUGUACAACGCUCGAUUUUCAUUCCACUUGGCGGGAUAAUAAUAUCAUUCCAAGUAUUUAAGAAAGGUUUGCACCGUUGCUGCAACUCACCACACGUUGAUAAUUGUGAAAAGAGUUUACUCUCACUUUAUUAUAAUUAUUAUUAUUAUUAAUAUUUUACCUGUAAGAUUUGUUGCAAUAUAAGAGAUCGCGCAGGAGUUUUUGAUAUUGCGGAUAGUUUGUAUAAAUGUAAAUAAGAUUGUUGUACAUUUAGGAGUUUGGAUAUUAUUUGUGUCAUAAAAUAAAUUUCAUUAAAUGCA